GGCAGCGAAGCCGGAAGUGGGCGCCCCAAACAAUCGAGAGGCGCAGUCCGCUCUAGGAAGUAGUACCGCGGAAGCUCCAGUGACUUACAACCCACGCAGCUCCGGUGGCCACCCACCACCGUCCCCACCACCCCCGGGAGAAACGGCAGGACCAUGUCGAACAUGGAAAAACACCUAUUUAACCUGAAGUUUGCUGCAAAAGAGCUUAAUAGGAAUGCCAAAAAAUGUGAUAAGGAAGAAAAAGCUGAAAAGGCCAAGAUUAAAAAGGCCAUCCAGAAGGGCAAUACAGAAGUUGCACGAAUACAUGCUGAAAAUGCAAUUCGCCAGAAAAACCAAGGAAUUAAUUUCUUGAGAAUGAGUGCUCGGGUAGAUGCUGUAGCAGCUAGAGUUCAAACAGCUGUGACAAUGGGCAAGGUGACUAAAUCGAUGGCAGGUGUGGUUAAGUCUAUGGACGCUACAUUGAGGAGCAUGAACCUUGAGAAGAUAUCUGCCUUAAUGGACAAAUUUGAACAUCAGUUUGAAACCUUAGAUGUUCAGACACAACAAAUGGAAGACACUAUGAGCAGCACUACAACCCUAACAACUCCACAAAACCAAGUGGAUAUGCUCCUUCAAGAAAUGGCAGAUGAAGCAGGCCUUGAUCUCAACAUGGAGCUCCCACAGGGUCAGACUGGUUCUGUUGGCACAAGUGUUGCUUCAACAGAACAGGAUGAACUAUCACAGAGACUUGCCCGCCUCCGUGAUCAAGUGUAACACAAAGACCUUGAUGCUGUCAUACACUACGCUUC